GAAGCCCGGCCUGGCGGCGGCGGUGGCGGUAGCUGCCGUGGCGGCCUCUGCGCAUGCUCCGUCGCCCGCCCGCCCUGGCCGCUCGCCGCCCGCCCGCCCGACGGAGACGCAGUCCCAGCUAUCUGACUUCAUGUGAAAGAUGGCUAAUGCAGAAGUGAGUGUCCCAGUGGGGGAUGUGGUUGUGGUACCUACUGAAGGAAAUGAAGGGGAGAAUCCUGAAGAUACUAAAACCCAAGUGAUUUUGCAGUUACAGCCUGUGCAACAAGGUUUGUUUAUCGAUGGACACUUUUACAACAGGAUUUAUGAAGCUGGGUCGGAGAACAACACGGCAGUUGUAGCAGUAGAAACCCACACGAUACACAAAAUUGAAGAAGGGAUUGAUACAGGCACUAUAGAAGCAAAUGAGGAUAUGGAAAUUGCUUACCCCAUAACAUGUGGGGAGAGCAAAGCCAUCCUGCUCUGGAAGAAGUUUGUGUGUCCGGGAAUAAACGUGAAGUGUGUCAAGUUCAAUGAUCAGUUGAUCAGCCCCAAGCACUUUGUUCAUCUGGCUGGCAAGUCCACCCUGAAGGACUGGAAGAGAGCUAUUCGUCUAGGUGGGAUCAUGCUCAGGAAAAUGAUGGACUCCGGACAGAUUGAUUUUUACCAACAUGACAAAGUUUGCUCCAAUACCUGCAGAAGCACCAAAUUUGAUCUUCUGAUCAGCAGUGCAAGAGCUCCAGUGCCAGGACAGCAGACAAGUGUGGUGCAGACACCCACUUCGGCUGAUGGUAGCAUCACGCAGAUUGCCAUCUCAGAAGAGAGCAUGGAAGAGGCAGGGCUGGAAUGGAACUCAGCUCUCACCGCCGCUGUCACCAUGGCCACGGAGGAGGGUGUAAAGAAAGACUCAGAGGAAAUUUCAGAGGACACUUUGAUGUUCUGGAAAGGAAUAGCUGAUGUAGGGCUGAUGGAAGAGGUUGUCUGCAAUAUACAGAAGGAAAUAGAGGAGCUACUCAGGGGAGUUCAGCAGCGGCUCAUCCAGGCUCCCUUCCAAGUCACAGAUGCUGCUGUUCUCAACAACGUAGCACACACAUUUGGCCUAAUGGACACAGUCAAGAAGGUUUUAGACAACAGAAGGAACCAAGUAGAGCAGGGAGAAGAACAGUUUCUCUAUACUCUGACAGACUUGGAACGCCAGUUGGAGGAGCAGAAGAAGCAAGCCCAGGAUCACAGGCUGAAAUCUCAGACAGUUCAAAAUGUGGUUCUGAUGCCUGUGAGCACUCCUAAGCCUCCGAAAAGACCCCGGCUCCAGCGGCCAGCCUCCACCACUGUCUUGAGCCCUUCUCCUCCUGUCCAGCAGCCUCAGUUCACGGUCAUCUCACCCAUCACCAUCACCCCAGUGGGUCAGUCAUUUUCCAUGGGCAAUAUUCCAGUGGCCACCCUCAGCCAGGGCUCCAGUCCUGUGACUGUCCACACACUGCCUUCUGGCCCUCAGCUCUUCCGCUAUGCCACAGUGGUCUCCUCUGCCAAGAGCAGCUCACCAGACACAGUGACCAUCCACCCUUCAUCUAGCUUGGCGCUGCUGAGCUCUACUGCCAUGCAGGAUGGGAGUACACUGGGCAACAUGACCACCAUGGUUAGCCCUGUGGAGUUGGUGGCCAUGGAGUCCGGCCUAACCUCGGCAAUUCAGGCUGUUGAAAGCACCUCAGAGGAUGGGCAGACCAUCAUUGAGAUUGAUCCAGCCCCGGACCCAGAAGCUGAAGAUACUGAGGGCAAAGCAGUCAUCUUGGAGACAGAGCUGAGGACUGAGGAGAAAGUUGUGGCUGAGAUGGAAGAACACCAGCAUCAAGUUCACAAUGUGGAGAUUGUGGUCUUAGAGGAUUAACUGGGGAUCUCAGGGCCAGGAGUUAUGUUUUGAUUUGGAAUUUUAAUUAUUUGUUUAUUUUUAUCAUUGUCCCAUUCAUUUCCACAUAGGACCCUUUUUUUAAAAAAAAACAAAAUCUUAUUGUUGUAACUGAAAAUGUUGGGUUCUUCCCACUCCCUCAUUGAAAAAUGGACAAAACAAGCUGCCCUUCCAGAAGUUGAGAGUAGGUCAUUCAAUGUCCUAAUCAUCUUACACCAAGAAAGUAAUUUCUUUUAGGGGAAGUGUGAAGAUAACGAGUAACCCUGUCCAGAAAGCCAUUUCCAGGCUCGUCUGUGUAGGCAUGUGGUUUUGUUCUUAUAAAGAUGCAUUGACCAAACUCUGGAACACAGAUCUGACACUGGAAGGCAACCCAUUCGCAUGUGGAUGCUGAAGGGCACUUUAUUUUGUAUCCUGAAAAGGGCCUGCAGAGGCCAGUACAAAACUCUCAAACAAAAGGAAGUUGACUCUGCUUUGAGGGGAAGGUGGCAUGCCAGCACUAUCUUAAAAAGGGAAAUGCUAGCCGGGCGCGGUGGCUCACGCCUGUAAUCCCAGCACUUUGGGAGGCCGAGGCGGGUGGAUCACGAGGUCAGGAGUUUGAGACCAGCCUGGCCAACAUGGUGAAACCCCGUAUCUACUAAAAAUAAAAAAAAAAAAAUUAGCCGGGUGUGGUGGCGGGAGCCUGUAAUCCCAGCUAUUCGGGAGGCCAAGGCAGGAGAAUUGCUUGAACCUGGGAAGGCAGAGGUUGCAGUGAGCCAAGAUGGCACCACUGCACUCCAGCCUGGGCAACAAGAGCGAGACUCCAUCUCAAAACAAACAAAAAAAAGAAGUGCUUUGGCAAGUAUGGGGCAGGGAAAUCAUCUUACUUCCAGAGGUGCAACUGACGCCUCUGGAGAUCUCGAAAAGUUAGUACCGUGAGUGCCAUUUUGAGAAGAGGGUGGUAAUAAGUGGAAGGUACAUCUCCACAGAGCAAGUGGCAGCAGCAGUGGCCUGUGGUUUUGCAGAGAUGGAAAGCCCCAAGGCUGGGUGCCGUGGCUCAUGCCUGUAAUCCCAGCACUUUGGGAGGCCGAGGCGGGCGAAUCACCUGAGGUCAGGAGUUUGAGGCCAGCCUGGCCAACAUGGUGAAACCCUGUCUCUACUAAAAAUACACACACAAAAAAUUAGCUGGGCAUGGUGGCAGGCGCCUGUAAUCCCAGCUACUUGGGAGGCUGAGGCAGGAGAAUUGCUUGAACCUGGGAGGCGGAGGUUGCAAUGAGCUGAGAUCAUGCCAUUGCACUCUAGCCUGGGUGAGAAGAGCAAAACUCUGUCUCAAAAAAAAAAGAAAUGGAAAGCCAAGGAUGCUGCAGCUGUGCUUUGGGGUUCAAGGUAAUAGCUUACCUUGUUCCACACUUUGUCAAAGCACUCACCCUCCUAAACUAGGACCAGUCCAUUCAUUUGAAACUGUGCAAUGUGAUGUAAAUUGCUCUGGUUCUUGGACUGUGGCUGUCACAGGGAUGGGGCUCCAAGGCCAUCAUUUUCAUUGCAUGGCUCCAAUAGCAGGGAGUUCCUCAAUCACACCAGCUGCCAUUUUUGGUGGGGCCAUUUUUUUGACUUUGGAACCAAAAGCAGCCACUCAUUUGGUGCUUCCUCUUGUUCUGCCCUCCAUCCCUCAACUCUUAAUGGCAUCUGUCUCCUAGAACCCACGCUCUUCAGCUUUUUGGCUGAUUUGGAGAACAGUGACAGGUGCCUGCCUGCCUUCAUCCCCUUUUAGAUUCAUUUAUACCACAGAUGUUUCUGUGAGAUACUGAGAUCAUAAAAAGCUUUAGGCUUGGCAGAGAGGACUCAACACCCCCAGGCUUUCCUGAGGCACCAACUAGAUGUCUCUUGAGUGAACUGGACUCCCUGGGAAAGAAGCAUUGUCUGCAACAUUAUAUUAUAGGAAAUGUACCAGGAAUGUCAAUAAUAAUGUCUUGGGGGGAUUAUUUUGUUUUGUUUUGUUUUUAAUGUUUGUAUAUUUAGAGCUGGGCCAUUUUCCGUGCUGUGAUUCCUUCUCUUUGACCCUCUUCAGUGUUUGGGGCAAGAGUGGACCCUGGUUUUUAUUUCUUUGAUUGCAUUGUUUACUGCACUAGGAAAAAUAUAGGGAUACAGGGAAACUAUAGACAAAUUAAAGGAAAAAUAGGUCAAAAAAGAAAGCACACACCUUAAGAGUGGGAGGAAUAUUUUUAUUAAAAACAAAACUUUGACCUGUAGUUUCUUUUUUUCUUUUUUAUUUUUAAGAAGGCACCUAUCAGAAGCCAUGUUUCUUCAACAGAUGUUGGAAACCCCUUCGAGCAAGUAAAAGUUGCAUUCUCCAUCCCUCAGAUGGCUGUAUGUAGUCAAAGAAACCCUGUAACAUGGGAAGGUUACUCUUUUUUUUUUUUUCUUUUUGAGAUGGAGUCUCUCUGUAGCCCAGGCUGGAGUGCAAUGGUGUGAUCUCAGCUCACUGCAACCUCCGCCUCCUUGGUUCAAGCGAUUCUCCUGCCUCAGCCUCCUGAAUAGCUGGGAUUACAGGCUCCCACCACCACGCCUGGGUAAUUUUUGUAUUUUUAGUAGAGACGGGGUUUCGCCAUGUUGGCCAGGCUGGUCUCGAACUCCUGGCCUCGAGCGAUCUGCCCGCCUCGGCCUCCCAAAGUGUUGGGAUUACAGGCAUGAGCCACCACACCCAGCCUGAAGGUGACUCUUUAAGAAUGAGAUUUAUGAACUCCAUACAAUUGUAGAUUUCAGUUUUUAAAUAGUCUGGGGUUUUAUUUUUCUUUUCAAAAUAUCUAAUAGACUUAGCAAUCAAUUUAGAACAAAUAUUUGGCCCUUAACAUAUCUCUAGUGAGGGAAGUAGCUUUUAUUUCCUGCUUGUUUAGGUCUUCUGUUGGUACAUAAACAAAACAUUGCUGUCUAAGACUGAAUCUACUUGAAUCUAGGAAGGCACAUCUCAUCCCUAUUGUGGUUUUUAGGGACACUUUUCUCUUUCCCAGAGAUGAGAGGACCAAUUCAGAACAGAAGAGCCCUCGUGAAUACCAACAUGCUAGCUGAGGUUCCCUUCUUUCCUUCAUCAGAGCUAUCGGCAGGGUUUUAAGGUGGUGUGUGCAUCAUGCUUCCAAAGCCAGGAGACUUCUUCAGACAGCCUGUUUACUAGAUGCAUUUUCCAGCUGGUGAAAUACAUGAGCUUUGUUGUUUUCCUAGUCUUCCAAUAGCCUGUCAUUAUUGUUAGAUAUUAUGGCACCUGUUGUCUAAUGUGGGUUCCCUUACAGCCCUGGUCUAGAUGAUCCUAGAUGGGGUGAGAUAUAUGCAAGCCAUUGGUAUGUGCGUAAGCAGUUGCAAUGCCCUUAGGCUGACUUGGUAGUAGGCAUUUAUCUUUCUGUUCAUGCAUUGAAUAAACAUUGUUAAGAACCAUCUAUGUGCCAGGCUUCGUGCUGGGCACUGACAGUAGAGAGAUGAAGACGUAGUCCUCGCACUUACGGAAUUCAUACUCCAGAUCUCUGGAGUUAAGAAAUACAUAUUUCAGCCAGGCACGGUGGCUCACACCUAGAAUCCCAGCACUUUCAGAAGCUGAGGCAGAACUGCUUGAGGCCAAGAGUUUAGCCUGGUCAACAUAGCCAGACCCCGUCUCUACAAAAAAAAGUAAAAAUUAGUCAGGUCUUGUGACUCGCACUUGUAGACACAAUUACUCAGGAUGCUAAGGCAAGAGGGUUUUGCUUGGGCUUAGGAGUCGAAGGCUGUAGUGAGCUAUGACUGUGCCACUGUACUCUCGCCUAGGCAACAGAGCAGCACCCCCAGCUCAGAAAACCAAAACGACACAUUUCAUUAUCAUUGUUUUCCUUUGUAAUCCUAUGUAUUUUAUGCAUUGAAAAACAUUAUUUAAGAAUUUGUUCAUAGGUUUCAGCAGACUGACAAAGGCACAAACAAGCAGCUGUCCUCUACUGAGGUACUGAAACAGAUCCUACUGGGUAAGUGCUGCGUGUGAUAGGGCUAUUGGCUAGGAGCUGAGAGAACAAAGCAUGAAGUGCCUAACCCAGCUUAGGGGUGUAGAGGUGGGGUCAGCAAAUAAAGGAGAUCUUCCUGGAGAAGGCAUAUACCUAAGCUGAUUUAGGAGAGACCACUUUUGGCUAGGUUUAUUGUACUACUUGAUUUUCAAGUAAUUGGGCUUAUGUAUUCUAGAGAAAAAGUCUUCAGUCUCUUGCUGUUUCUGCCUGCAAAGCAAGGCAGAGUCAGCAACACGGGCAGUCUCUCUACUGGAGAACGCUGAGUCAUGCAUGGGCUUCUCCAAGUUUCCAUCAGAUGGGAUCCAGUGUUGAAUCCAGUGCAGGACGAGUCUAGCUGGCAAAGGGUAAAUGCCCCCAAGCCUUCCUGCCGUAUGGUUUCCACGAAGGCCUGAGAGUCAACUGUACAACUGUCUUGUCUUGGCCAUGUCCCUAUUUGGUCCCCGCCUUGUUCUCUUCCCUUUCUCAAUUUCCAAGCUCCACCCACUCCUAAAAACACCAGUCAUUCUGAAGUAAAAAAUGGACAAUAAACAUGAAUAUUCAAGAUUCAAA